CUUGUUCCCUAUCACGUAACGCUAAAAUGUCAACUGUCAAGUUUUCAUUUUUAGCCUUCAUUUUAGCGCGUUAAAGGCUAGUUUAAGGAUUUUAUAGGAUAAAGUAUAUCACCAGGCACUGAAAAGUUACCAUCCAAAAUGUUGAUAUUGCAAUACAGUUAUAAACGUUGCUCGUUGUUACUUUCACUAUCUUGACAGACAAUCUAACAUAUUUCGACAAUCAGGAAGAAUCAGGAUAAAGGUCAUAGGGGAAAGGUCUUCCUGAGAAAAGAUUGCGCGGUUACAUUUUCACCGGAAAAAAGUCGAGAAAAUCUAUUGUUUAUGCUUUAUGGACGUUCGUUUUCGAUGAUUAUUUUGUUUGGGCCGUAAAGUAAGAAUUAUUUUCUCUUGGAAUGGCUGGUAACUUUUGGCAGAGCUCGCACUGUCAACAGUGGAUCCUGGAUAAACAAGAUCUCCUUCGUGACCGGCAAGACGACCUGACCAACUUUCCUGAUGAUGAAUACCAGAAAGUACACAUCUUCUACUGCGGGGUGAUCCAGGCAGUCGGAGAGCAACUGAAACUUAGACAACAGGUCAUUGCCACGGCAACAGUUUACUUUAAAAGAUUUUAUUCCAAGUAUUCCUUUAGGACAAUAGACCCACUACUGAUGGGACCUACCUGUGUGUUCCUGGCUUCAAAAGUGGAGGAGUUUGGAGUCAUAUCAAAUAGUAGACUCAUAACAGCAUGCCAGACUGUCAUAAAGAACAAGUUUUCCUAUGCCUUCAACCAGGAAUUUCCCUAUAGAAUAAACCAUGUACUAGAAUGUGAAUUCUACCUAUUAGAAAUGAUGGACUGCUGCUUGGUUGUGUACCACCCCUACCGACCUCUGACCUCUUAUGUACAGGACAUGGGGCAGGAGGACACAGUCUUGCCUCUAGCAUGGCGAAUAGUUAAUGACAGUUAUCGGACAGAUGUUUGUCUACUGUAUCCUCCUUUCAUGAUUGCACUAGCUGCACUGCACAUGGCCUGUGUCAUCUUACAGAAAGAUGCUAAACACUGGUUUGCAGAGUUGUCAGUUGAUAUGGAAAAGAUGUUAGAGAUCACACGAGUCAUCCUGCGGCUGUACGACCUGUGGAAACAGUACGAUGAGAGGAAGGAGAUCCUCAGUCUGCUCAGUAAGAUGCCCAAAGCCAGAAUUGCCCAGCCUGGGCAAUCAUCAGAUGGAAAACAAGGCUCACAAGGGGGUUCUCAGAAGUAGUGUUUUGUACAUGGGGUUUAGGGGGCCUCUCAUCAUUGGUAAGGUUGUAAUACGAUGUCAGACUCUCGUCAGACUAAAUGCAGGGUCUACGUCUGCACCACAGUGCUGUUUUAUUGUUUUAGUUUGUACUGUAUGAAAAUGUGUCAAAAGGUACUCUUCUUUGACCACAAGUUUUAAUCCUACCUUUUGAACUCAUGAAGUCAGUCAUUACACUAAGUACAAUGUAUAUUUUUGGAGCCACCAUGCUAAAAAAAGCCGAAUAGUAUAUGUUUUGUUCUUUUUUUAAAAGAAUUUUGGCAUGUAAUAGUACAGGGCAAUUUUUUGCCAUAUUUGAAGUUCCAAGUAGUCCCCAGGCAUAACUAUCAUCAUUUUGUUUUUUCCAAUUCAAAGAAAAAAAAGGUCUUUGUCCAAAGCAACCUAGGAGAAGUACAGUAUUGGAAUUUAGUCCAAAGCUCAAGGCAAAAACCUUUCAAUCAGGGCAUGUAGGUGAAAUUCCACACAAUUUUGCCAGGGAGCACUGUUACAACAUGCACACUUUUCUUCUAUAUAUUUUCAGUUGUAUGGUAAUGCACCAUAGAAAGGUUUUCACUAUCUAUGAAGUUAGGGACGAUAUAUGAAUUAUUUUGCUGCUAACUAAACCAUUCCAUUUUCUUUGCAAAUGAAGUUUUUAUCCAUUACCAGUUAUGUUGUUACACUCUUGCCCAGUUGUACCUCACCUGAUUAAUAUACUCUGCCAAACGUAUGUCAAAAAGUUGUCAUAUUUUAUCAGUCUUGACUUUGAAUAAAGCUGGUCUAAAAUAC